AUGCUCUUCUUUUAUGAAAUAGAAGGCAAUAUUUCAGACGAAUCCAUAUUCCAAACUUCUACAAGCAUUGCAUCACCGACGACUUCAACCGUUUCUUACUUUAUCAACGCCUCAUUAAAAGAAUCUCAGCACAGUAAAAGCACCAUUUAUCGCUCUACAUCCACUAAGAUAACAAACUCGACGUUUAUACAACAGACAAGUGAUGUACCCACUCGUCCAAAUGUAGUAAAUGUUGAAAACUUACAGAAAGUUUUUACAACCCAUGCACAAUCUACAGAGGAGAACGUCAUCACAAAAACACUCCAAAUAACAUCUUCCAAGAAAUAUAGUUCUCCAGUUAACAAUAGCUACGUGACAGACCGAAAUGAAAGGAAUAUUGCAAAAAGCACACCUGGAUUUUUGGAGACGCUAUCAGAUGGAUAUUCUAGAAUAGGUUUGAUUGUUGGGUCAGCAGUCGGAACUGUUGUUAUCAUUGUUGUUGGUGUCUUGCUUAUCUGUUUUCGGUUCAGGCACAGAGGACCAUUUAGGAAGAAGAAAUUGGUUAAUGAUAGUCAGUGUGACUUUCAAAAUGCCAUGUACGAUGUGCAUACGCCGAACGAUGGUGAUACAAUGUUUGGACUUGUAGACGUUGCCCACAACAAUUCAAACAACAUCAGAAAUAAUGAGUAUACGGUCGUGGCAAAGAAUACCCUGUCUGAUAAUCAGGUGGUUGAGAAAAAUUGUACGAAUAGAAGAAAUUUCAACAAUCCGGUAGAAAGCAAAUACGAUAGGGUUAAUCAUGCGAGGUCUCGUAGUGCAAAUAAUUUUACCAACAACCGAUAUAAUGAGUAUGCAGUCGGGGUAAAUAAUAACCAAUCGAGUGAUCAGGAGGUUGGGCAGAAUUAUGACACGAAUGGCAGAUAUUCCGACGACAUGUUAGAGAGUGAAUACGAUAGGGUUAAUCAUGCGGGGUCUCAUAGUGCAAAUAAUUUUACCAACAACCGAUAUAAUGAGUAUGCAGUCGGGGUAAAUAAUAACCAAUCGAGUGAUCAGGAGGUUGGGCAGAAUUAUGACACGAAUGGCAGAUAUUCCGACGACAUGUUAGAGAGUGAAUAUGAUAGACUUAAUCAUGUCAGGCCUCGAAAUGGAAAAGAUUCAAGCAACGUAUAUGACAGUGCUCUUGGUUUUCGUGACGAGACUGAUGCAACAUACAAUACAACAGAUUAUAGAAGAACUGACAAGGGAGAUGACUCUGUGUAUGAUCAUACUUAA